GUAGCUUCUCCUCUCUGAGCCACAAUCGAAAUGACUUCACUGUCACUUCGUUUUCUCUUGCUUGUCUUUGCUCAAAAUCCUUACAUCCUAUUCGCCUUUUCUAUCUAACUCGACUCCAAUGGAUAAACCCAGUUAUAUUUCCUGAAAAGUAUAGAGCAUUUUCCCCAGUAACCAAACCAAAUUAUGUGGCUUUCAUCUGUGUCUCCUCAAGAGACCACGAACCCAUUUGGGAUUGUCUCAAAAUUGGCCACUUUUGUGCUUGAUCACUCUUCCAACUUUGCUUCCGAUAAUUUCGUGUCUAACCACCUCUGCGUUCAUGGCUAUGCGGCCCAGAAGAAACUGUGUUUGAGUGCAAGGGGCCAAACUUCUUCUUCAACCGUUAGGAGAGUCAUCUCUCAGUUCAACAGAGCAAUUAGGCUUCAUUGUGAGAAAAUCCCGCUUGGCUUCGCCUCGAUUCGGGUCGGGUCUGUAGAGAGUAAGGGGUCGAAUGAGGAUGGGAAUGGCGUAUUGGAGAAUGAGGGGAUGCCUAAUAACGGGGCUGGGACGGAUUCUCCGAAAAAUGUGCUGAUCUUGAUGAGUGAUACUGGCGGGGGCCACAGGGCCUCUGCUGAGGCCAUUAAGGCAGCUUUUCAUGAAGAAUUUGGAGACAAGUAUCAGGUGUUUAUUACUGACUUGUGGACAGAUCAUACUCCCUGGCCUUUUAACCAAUUGCCAAGGAGUUACAACUUCUUGGUGAAACAUGGUACUUUGUGGAAAAUGACAUAUUAUGCCUCUGCUCCUCGUGUCAUUCAUCAAUCAAAUUUUGCUGCAACUUCAACAUUUAUUGCUAGAGAGGUUGCCAAAGGUCUAAUGAAAUACCAACCAGAUAUUAUUAUCAGUGUGCAUCCGCUAAUGCAACAUGUGCCACUCCGCAUCUUGCGAUCUAAGGGUCUGUUGAAGAAGAUUGUAUUUACAACUGUUGUAACAGAUUUAUGCACUUGUCAUCCAACAUGGUUUCACAAGUUAGUAACAAGGUGCUAUUGCCCUUCAGAAGAGGUUGCAAGGCGAGCAUUGAAAGCAGGUCUAAAACAUUCUCAGAUAAAAGUUUAUGGGCUUCCAUUGAGACCAUCCUUUAUAAAACCUGUUCGGCCCAAGGUUGAAUUGCGAAUUGAGCUUGGAAUGGAUGAACAUCUUCCUGCAGUUCUCCUAAUGGGUGGUGGAGAAGGUAUGGGUCCCAUUGAAGCCACUGCCCGGGCACUUGAAGAUGCACUUUAUGAUGAAAGGCGCGGGGGGCCAAUAGGGCAAAUCCUCAUAAUAUGUGGCCGCAAUAAGAAGCUUGCCAACAAAUUGCUUUCAGUUGACUGGAAGAUUCCUGUUCAGGUGAAGGGAUUUGUUACUAAAAUGGAGGAAUGUAUGGGAGCUUGUGAUUGCAUUAUAACAAAGGCUGGCCCAGGAACUAUUGCAGAAGCCAUGACUCGAGGACUACCUAUAAUUCUAAAUGGUUACAUUGCUGGACAGGAAGCGGGAAAUGUGCCAUAUGUGGUAGAGAACGGAUUCGGAAAAUUCUCCAAGUCACCAAAGGAGAUUGCUGACAUAGUCGGUCGUUGGUUCGGUCCAAGACAGGAUGAACUCAAAGCAAUGUCACAAAAUGCUCUUAGGUUGGCCAGGCCAGAUGCUGUAUUUAAGAUAGUUCAGGAUCUGGACGAGCUGGUGAGACAGAGAAGUUUUGUAACCCAAUAUUACCCGGCUUGAAUAAUCGCAUUGCAUUAAUUCAAUUUUGAUUUGAGAGCUCUAAUCUCAGUAUAAUGCUACACCAUUAUAUUGUGGAAACCAGGCUUCCUUAAACUUUUGUUUUGUGUUCUGUCUCUCA